AUGAGAUUUGUGGAUGGAUUCCAAGUUAGGGAUGCUUUGACAACUAAUGCCAUUGAAAAUGGAUGGGAAAUGCGCUUCAAAAGGGUCUGUAAGAACCAAGUGGAAGCUUCUUGCAAGAAACCAUGUAAGUGGAAGUGCUAUGGGAGUUACAACAACACCACUGGGGCAUUCAUGUUAAGAAGAGUGGAGUUUGAACAUACCUGUCCUAGGAAUAUGAGAAGCAAAAUAGUUUCAGCAAACUGGAUUGCAAAGAGGUAUUUGAAUGUGUUUAGGCUUAAGCCUGACACAACUGUUAAGGAAUUGAGAGCAGACUUAGUGCAGAGGUUUGCACAUGAUGCAUCUAGAUGGAAGUUGUAUAAUGCCAAGAGAAAGAUAAUAGAGUUGCUGUCAGGCUCAGUGGAUGAGCAUUAUGGGAAGCUUAGGAGUUAUGUCCUAGAGUUGAUGAGGGUAGACAAAGAAGGUAGGUUUGAGAUUGAUGUGGGUAUUGGGUCCGUGUUCAAGGGAAUUUACAUUGGCUUUAGUGGUUUGAGGAUGGGAUUUAUGAUGGGUUGUAGGAGAGUUAUUGGACUUGAUGGAGCAUUUCUGAAGACAUAUUUAGGAGGUGCAAUUCUGACAGCAGUUGGAAGUGAUGGGAACAACCAAAUUUUUCCCAUAGCAUGGGCAGUUGUUCAGGCAGAAAAUGAGGUUAAUUGGAAAUGGAUCUUGAGCAUUUUGGCUGAAGACUUGAACCUGGGUGAAGGUGUUGGAAUCACUGUCAUUAGUGACCAACAAAAGGGAUUGGAGAAUGCUGUUAAGGAAUUCAUUCCUCUGGCCGAGCAUAGAAAUUGUGCAAGGCAUGUGUAUUCAAAUUUGAAAAAGACUCACAAGGGCCCAACUCUGAAGAGUUUGUUCUGGGAAGUUGUGAGGAGCACUUAUGUAGAGGAAUAUCUGAUAUCUUUCUUGCAUGAAAAUGUUGAAUCAUAUGUGAAUGAGUACUACACUUUGGAGAAGUACAAACUGGCUCACAGCUUUGGCAUUCCACCUUUGAAUGGUGAGAACAUGUGGCCUGAGGCUGAAGGAUACAAGGUCACCCCACCUCCUGCUAAGAAGAUGCCUGGCAGACCCAAGAAAAUGAGGAAGAGGGACCCACUGGAGAAGGAUCCAUCUAGGCCCCAUAAACUUCGCAAGACAUGUGCCAUGACUUGUCAGAGAUGCCUUCAGCAGGGUCACAAUACUAGAUCGUGCAAAAAUGAUCUAGUUGCCAAGCCAUCAAAGGAGAAGGGGAAGCCAGGACGACCUCGAAAGGUGGUACCUGUAAACCUGCAGCCACAAGCACGCCGGCAACGAGCACGGCCACAACAGGAGCACGCCCACAGACUGGAGCACGGCCACACACAGGAGCACAACCACAGACAGGAGCACGCCCACGUACAGGAGCACGCCCACAGACAGGUGCACGCCCACAGACAGGCCAAGCACGCCCUCAGACUGGCCGAGCACGCCCACAAACAGGCCGAGCACGCCAUCAACAAGCACCCUCAGGAUCUGAAGCACAAUCUGGCUUAG